AGUGCUACGCAGCUGCGUUUAAAUUACCUCAACUGUUUUCCAGCCGUAUAAAAUACGGGUAUGGUAUAAUUAUAGUGGUGUCUACGUCUGUCAUGUCUGUAGUGUAUCCAAACCAUGGACCACCUGAAAAUGAGAAGGUUGUAGUAAAUAUACACAAGACAUGUAAACGAAAUAAAUAGAUAAAUAAAUGGGAAUAAUUCUAAUAAUCGCACUUAAAUAGAUCAUCAUGGAUUCGGAUACUUCAACGAAUUUACAACGUCUGCCCGACAUGGUAGCGCUACUACUAGAUGAUUUCGUGAAGUAUGCGGUGUCGGCUUCAGGGCUCGUGGUGUUCGUUGUCGUUUUCUUCGUGUAUUGUGUAUGUUGUCAUCGUCGAGAUGGUAGCGAACGCGAUGUCAACCCGGUGCCCUAUGAUUGCCUGUUUAUCGAUACCACAAUUCGCCACACGAUAUCAUUGAUCACGUGGUACUCCCGUGUACGAUUGAGACGUCACAACAUGGACAACGAAAAUAGGAAGCUUCUCAAUGAGAUACUAGCUUUGUGUCAGACUAAAGCAGCACAGCGCCCUCAAGAUCAGCACCCGAUCCUGAUCAGUGCAUCCGUCAACACCAGUCUUGACCUGUUCUUCCGGGUCCAGAAGUACCCACCGGGGUCAGAGGUCAUUGUGACCGCAAUUAACACGUCCAGCACCAUACAAGUACUACUGCAUCAUGGACUUCAGGUAAUUCCUUUGGAUGUUACCAGGGGCCAGCUCUCACCAGACCUUGAGGCCCUGAGGCUUCUCAUCAAUGAAAGCACGGUGGCUAUACUAGUGACGCACCUAUUUGGGCGGGUGUGUGACCUGUCGGCCGUCACCGAACUCGCCCACGAGCAUGGGGUUCAUGUUCUUGAAGACUGUUCCCAGGCUUGCAUGGCGCCAGCCUAUUCCACGAAUCCAGAAUCUGAUCUCGUAUUCUUCAACUUUGGGGUGAUCUACCCGUGCACUGCGUUCGGUGGCGGCAUCACAAGGAUCAAGGAUAAAUAUCUCCUUGAGAAAAUGGACAAACUACAGGAAACAUAUCGCCAAGGAUCUGAAGUAGAAUAUAUCCGAAAGGCUUUUAAUUGCACCUUAACCGCAAAAGCUCUCCAGUAUCCUCGCCUUUUAUCUAUGUUUUCUUCUUUGGCCAGACUUGCUCUUGUUGAUCUCAAAAAGAUCGUCAAUGAUUCCUUAACACCGCCCCCUACGGCUGGUCUGGUGCGUAAUAUGCGUGAGAGGCCUCCAACUUCGAUGACAUUUAUGCUUUUUCAAAGAUUAAAGUAUUUCGACUCGAAUGGCGUGGAGAGAUCGCAAGAUGUCGGGGACUAUGUUUCAGAUAGGCUUCCGCAGGUAGCAGGUCAGAUAGGCAACGACGCCCUCAUUAGAGGAUACUGGCUUUUCCCAAUCCUUGUUGAUGAUCCAGAUGAAGUCUGUCAGCGUCUCAAUCGACUUGGUAUCGCAGCCGCAAGAGGCCUUGCCCAGAUCGAGCUAAUUGUCUCCCCAAGUACCACUCCAGAUGCCCCACCAACAAAUCUGGUAGGCAUCGAUGAGACCCGAUGGCAACCUACCACGGCAUCCUUCAUCAUGGACCACGUCAUCUUCCUUCCCGUCCACCGAGGCGUCCCGAGACACCACCUGGAUCAAGUCUGCCUCGCUGUUGAGAUCGUCCUCAAUAAGCUUGCCAUCCUCGCCCGCUACCACGCCAGCGUUGGUUCGAGACAGAAGGAAACGCAUCAUGGUCCAUAUGGACCGAUCACACCAAGAAGGAACAAGGAAUCGUGUCGGAGAAGGAUGGUCUCGUCUAAUCGAAGCGUAACUUCAAAGACACAGCAGGCCAUCGCAGCUAACGCCAAUAGAAACGAUUUGACAUAGCCAUGAUUCUCAAGUACCGUUCACACUAUUACCUUCCGCCAUGAUCUGAUUACGGAAACCAGUCUCUAUAUAAAAAAAAUAAUUGACUGAAUGUUCCUGGUUAAAGUUCUCGACACGAUUUUGUGUGAGGUUCGACUCGACUUACUUUGAAUCCUGGUGAGCAUUUCAUCUACAUUGCCGUUUGAGUUAUCAGAUCUUACCAUUUUGCAUCAUACUAAUUGGCUUUGAAGCAUAUAAAUAUACAGUAUAUAGAUGUUGACUGUUGCUAUGUUGACUGUAGGAUGUGUCGGAUAAACGUCAAUUCAUGAACGAUCCCCGGAACAAGGACAUCACACAAUUAUUCUGAUGUCACGUUAACUUGGAACCAAUCAAAUACUGCUUGGACCUUCUCAAACAAGAAAGGCCUGUAAUACUAAUUUCUAUUUUAUUUUCGUUUACUUUCUCUUCAAAAGUUCCAUGUGACUAUUACAAAACUCAUAUAACAAUUUCGAAGAUAUACAUGAAACACAUUUUAGGGAUCGAAAAUUAACAUACUAAGUGGUAUGCGGUAUGAUUUAUAUUCAAUCUUUGACAUCAAUUCACAGAAUUUCUAGAGGGAUGUUGCUUUGAAGAGACAAAUAUAAAAAUAACUAAAGAAGCGAGUUGAAGGCACCACAUGGUUACACUGUAAAAACUGUGGUGUUAAAACUGACACCAAUUGGUGUUAAUAGAGGACCACACCCUGAGGUGUUAA